CGGGUUGUUUUUGUGUUUGCAGCUCUGGGGUGUCGCCGCUGGGAUUUCUUUACCUGACUCUUCUCUUCCCGACCUAGAGGGAGAUCCAGGCCGCGAGCGAGCUCUGCUUUGCAGCCUCGCCACCGCAGCUGACACUUGGGACCCCGAUUCUGCACCCGAUUGCCCCUCGAAGGCCGGGAGCGAGCCGGGAGAGGCGCCGAGGGCGAGCGGAGGGAAGGAGGCCAGGCCCCGCCGGGGGGAUCCGAGCCAGCCUGCGCUCCAUCAUGAAGUUCCAGUACAAGGAGGACCAUCCCUUUGAGUAUCGGAAAAAGGAAGGCGAAAAGAUCCGGAAAAAAUACCCCGACAGGGUCCCUGUGAUUGUGGAAAAGGCCCCUAAAGCCAGGGUGCCUGAUCUGGACAAGAGGAAGUACCUGGUGCCCUCUGACCUCACUGUUGGCCAGUUCUACUUUUUAAUCCGGAAGAGGAUUCACCUGAGACCCGAGGACGCCCUAUUCUUCUUUGUCAACAACACUAUCCCUCCCACGAGCGCUACCAUGGGCCAGCUGUAUGAGGACAACCACGAGGAAGACUAUUUUCUGUAUGUGGCCUACAGUGAUGAGAGUGUCUAUGGGAAGUGAAUGGCGGAAGCCCGGCAGAUGGGAGCACCUGGACUUGGGGGCAGUGGAGGGGGGUGUGUGUGGAACUUGGGGGACAAGAGGGGGGGCUCCCACCAUGGAGGAGACAGAAGGGGAAGACAUUUGGAAACACUAACCACACACACCGUCAUCCUAUUUUUACAUGCUCAAUUGAUAUAUUUUGCUGCUUUCUCAGCCCAGGGAGAAAGCAUGUCAAGACAGAGCUGUCGGAUUGGCUUUGCUAAUCGAAGGGGAGAAUAAAAUCUCAAUGAUACUAUGGUUUUAUGGAAGAAUCAAGAAUGGGCAAGUUGGGGCCAGAGAUAAUUGUGGACCACCAAUCAUUUCCUGUUCUCCCUAAUCAUGGGGCAGAUUUAUUUGUAUAAUUUGUACACAACUGGUAGAGAAAGGGUUUGGGGAUAUUUUAGGAUUACUUGAGGGGACCAUAAUUGGGGACCAAAUGAAAUCAUCAUAAUUCAGGCUUUAUGACCCUUGAUCUCAGCAAUCUCAAUACCUCCUGCCCCUCAACCUAUUCAAAAACUCAUCCACAAACAUCACAGUACUGAUCUGGCUUGGUAAUGAAUAUUUGAUACAGAAAUGUAGAUGGAACACUGAGCUAUUGGAAAAUUGGAACCAGCACAAAGGAUCAAUGAUUAGGAAGGUAGUUUAUAGUCUACAUACUGAAAUGCAUUCAGUAUUGAGCAUCUCUGUCUAACCUGCUCUCUCCUUGAGGCCCUUUACUCCAUACCUGCCUGAGACCUGAAUGAAUCUCAACCAUGUCCAAAUAUAGGCAGUACCCUCUGCUCCAGCAUUGUCCAAAUGUUGCUUCAUGGAGAGGGCAAGGGCAGGCUACACCUGCUUUGGUUUCACCCUCAUGUCCCCAAUCCAGAAUUCUUGCUAUUUUUCCUUGUCUCAUGCACAGAAAGACUAACUGAUGAUCAGCUGCUUUUCUGUUUUCUCUUCCAUUUUGUUUUUACUGCAGCUGCUAGUUAUGCAAACUGUGGAGAAUGCCCCCUCCUUCCCCCCAGUAAUUCAGGGGAUUCUGAUGAUUUUGAUUAGUUUUUACUUUCUGUAGAGGUUAUGGCAUGGGCCAGCGUGGGGUGCAAGAGUUGCACACACACACAUGACAUUUCAAUUCAUUUCUGCUAAAGAAAAAGGUCUACACAUGUGGGGGACUUUGUCCGUUCAUUCCGUCCACUGCAGGUUCCUCUGUAAUGAAAUCAAUGCUGUCAGGCCAAGGAAAUAAAAUAAUUGCAUACUUUGAAAAACCA